AUGGCUUGCUUAGAAGCGUUAGAGAACAUUCUCAAGGAUGGAGAAGCAGAGAAGAACUUGGAUCAUGUUAACCUCUACGCUUCAAUGAUAGUCGAAGCAGAAGGACAUAAGAAGAUUCAGAAUCUUCAGAGUCAUGAAAACAACGAUGUAAACCAAAAAGCCGCGAAGAUCCUCAAAACCUUUUGGACAGAAGAUGGACAAGGCAAAGAUGAAAAGCACGCUCCGCAAUCUGGUAAAUCAUUUUGUUCCGAAAUUUUAGAAAACAGAGUAGUUCUAAAUUUUAGAAAAAAACUGAACGAUUGGUUUGUUAGAAUCAAGGUGGAUCGUGAAGAGCGGCCUGAUGUCGAUAAGGUUUAUAUGUCGUUCGUCCAGGCUCUGUACGGUGGAGGAGGUUGGCCACUAUCGGUCUUCCUAUCACCUGAUCUAAAGCCAUUGAUGGGUGGAACCUACUUUCCUCCAAAUGACAAUUAUGGAAGACCAGGAUUCAAGACGAUACUUAAGAAAGUGAAAGAUGCGUGGGACAGUAAGAAGGAUACUCUUGUGAAGAGUAGCAUAUAUGCUAUGGAAGAACUGUCAAAAGCUUUAUCUGCAAAUGCUGAAACUGAUAAGUUGCCAGAUGGGCUUUCUCGGGUAGCGUUGAGUUUAUGUGCCAAACAACUUUCUCGCAGCUAUGAUUCGGAAUUUGGCGGGUUUGGAUCUGCACCAAAGUUCCCGAGGCCUGUCGAGAUCCAGCUGAUGCUUUAUCAUUCCAAAAAGUUGAAAGAAGCCGGGAAAACUAGUGAGGCCGAUGAAGACCAAAGUAUGGUUUUAUUCAGCUUGCAAGGCAUGGCAAAUGGAGGGAUGCAUGAUCACAUUGGAGGCGGAUUCCAUAGGUACAGCGUUGAUGAAUGUUGGCACGUUCCACAUUUUGAGAAAAUGCUAUAUGAUCAAGGGCAACUAGCUAACGUCUACCUUGAUGGUUUCAUCAUUACCAAGGAUGUUAUGUAUUCUUAUGUGGCAAGAGACAUACUUGAUUAUCUGAGAAGGGACAUGAUUGCACCUGAAGGUGGAAUAUUCUCGGCUGAAGAUGCCGAUAGCUUUGAGUCCGAGGGCGCAAAGAGAAAGAAAGAAGGAGCAUUCUAUAUAUGGACCAGCGACGAGAUUGAUGAAGUUCUCGGGGAGAAUGCAGAUCUUUUCAAGGAGCAUUAUUAUGUUAAGAAAUCAGGUAACUGCGAUCUUUCGAGUAGGAGUGACCCGCACAACGAAUUCGCUGGGAAGAACGUGUUGAUCGAAAGAAAUGAGCUGUCUGCCAUGGCAUCAAAGUUUAGCCUCUCCAUUGAGAAGUACCAAGAGAUUUUGGGUGAAUGCCGAAGAAAGCUUUUCGACGUCAGAUUGAAGCGACCUAAGCCGCAUUUAGAUGAUAAGAUAAUCGUGUCGUGGAAUGGUCUUGUUAUCUCGUCUUUCGCAAGAGCUUCCAAGAUUCUCAAGGCUGAGCCUGAAAGCACCAAAUACGGUUUCCCUGUGGUGAAUAGUCAGGAUGAGCUAUAUCUUGACCGAGAAGGAGGAGCCUACUUCAACACACAAGGACAAGAUCCAUCGGUUCUUCUUCGUGUAAAAGAAGAUCAUGGUGGUGCAGAACCUUCAGGGAACUCUGUUUAUGCUAUUAACCUUGUGAGAUUAGCUUCCAUUGUCGCUGGAGAAAAAGCUGACUCCUACCUAAACACCGCACAUCGUCUACUGGCGGUCUUUGAAUUGAAGUUGAGAGAAAUGGCGGUAGCAGUGCCGUUAAUGUGCUGUGCCGCGGAUAUGAUCUCUGUUCCGUCGAGGAAGCAAGUUGUGUUGGUGAUUCACAUAGAUCCUUCGAGUUCUAAUGAAAUGGAGUUUUGGGAAGAUCAUAACAGUAAUGUAGCUGAAAUGGCGAAGAGAAACAGAAACUCUGAGAAAGUUGUGGCUCUUGUUUGUCAACACUUCACUUGUAGUCCUCCUGUCUUUGACUCUUCUUCUCUCACUCGCUUACUCUGCAAGUAG